CAUGCAUCUCUGCUGCUCUCUCUCCCCUCCACCACCACCACCACCACCACGUUUUCACACCAAUGAGCAUGCCGCGUGUAGCUCCCACUCUCUGGCAUCAGAAACACGAGACGUCUUCAGCGCUGAGCUGAACAGCAGAUUAAUCCAAACACAACACUUGCAUUCUGCCAAACACAGAGAGAGGAAGGGGACACAGGGACCAGCAGCUCUCGCACACACCGGAGUCAAGGAUUUGCACAAUGAAGACCAGACUAGGCUGCCUGUCCAACAAAUCGGACUCCUACAGUGACUUCUCCGAGUUCCUUCCUCCUGCCCACGAAACUACUGCCAGGUGUCUGAAACUGUCGACGGACGAGGUCGUUCGAUGGUCUGAAUCGUUUGAUCACCUCCUGUCUCACAAAUAUGGCCUCGCUGCCUUCCGGACAUUUCUCAAGACGGAGUUCAGCGACGAGAACAUCGAGUUUUGGAUGGCCUGCGAGGAGUACAAGAAAAUCAAGAGCUCGACAAAGCUGGUGUCAAAAGCAAACAAGAUCUUUAUGGAGUUCAUCGACGUUCAGGCACCAAGAGAGGUAAACAUUGACUUUCGCACCAGAGAAAAGACCAAGCAGAGCCUGGAGGACCCGUCCCCCAGCAGCCUCAACGAAGUCCAGGCCAAAGUCUACGGCCUCAUGGAGAAAGACUCCUACCCUCGAUUCCUCAGGUCCAAGAUGUACCAGGAGAUGGUGAACAGGGCCCACGCACAAGGCCAGCGGAGGUCGGUUUGAAUCCCUCGACGACCACACAGGACG